AUGACAUCGACUACACUCCAUGGUGAAAACCAUGGAAUUCAGAUUGGAAACAACUACGGCUCUGUCACGGAGGAAUCCCGGGCAUAUAGCAGCCAGGAUAUUGAUCGGAUUUGUCUCCAAAAACUUUGUUGCCCGGACUCCCUAGCCGUGAAAAACCGCUUAAAAGAGGCCAAGGACAAAUUACUCCGUCAAUCAUUCGAGUGGGUUCUCCAGGACCCACAAUACCGUAGUUGGCGACAUGGGAACGAUGUCUGUCUUCUCUGGAUAAAGGGUGGUGCUGGGAAGGGGAAAACAAUGAUGUCGAUUGGCCUGAUAGAAGUACUCUCACAGAGACAAGAUAUAUCUACUGUGGUGACAUAUUUCUUUUGCCAAAAUGCCGAUAGUGAGCUGAAUACCCUAGAAUCGGUCAUUAAAGGCUUGAUUCUUAGGUUGGUCAGCCAGCGAAUCGAAUUGAAAGAGUCUUUACGACGUCGAUGGGACCCAAAGAGCAACCGUUUUAGUGAGGACGUUAGCUCGUGGCGAGCUUUAUGGAGCAUAUUUCUAGAGAUGCUGGAUAAGUGCAACGGCUUAAUGGUAUAUAUCAUUGUGGAUGCCCUUGAUGAAUGUCAAGAUAGCGGUAUGGCCGACUUCUUGAAGCUUGUUGUCCGAAAUGGUCUUGAUCAACCCACCAAAAUCAAAUGGCUCUUGACAAGUAGGCCAUUGGAAGCUGCAGAGCGUAUAUUACUAGCUGGGCAUGAGCAGAUGCAAGUUAGUCUAGAGCUCAACUCAGAUCAUAUCUCCCAAUCUGUACAGACUUAUAUCUCGUACAAAGUUGAUGAGCUCAACCGUCAAAAAAGAUACGAAGAGGCACUCAUGAGAAAACUGAAAGCUGAGCUUUCUGCGAAAGCUGAGGGCACCUUCCUUUGGGUGAGCCUAGUAUGCAAAAGGCUUGAGAGUAUCGGUGCGGAUGAAGUUUUGAACACUCUUCAAGAUUUACCGCCUGGACUACAUCCUUUUUACGAUCGGAUAUUAAAUCAGUUACAUGAAGGCCAGCCAAAUGAUGUCUAUGAUUAUAUGCGGCUCCUAAAAGCAAUGAUGCUGGUGUAUCGGCCUCUGAAAGUGGAAGAAGUUCCUAGCGUGACUGGUCUAUCUCUCGGAGAUGAUAGAAUCAAGUUGUUAGUCAAUCAUUAUGCAUCUUUCAUCAGAAUGCAGGGAAACAUUAUUGAAUUCGUCCAUCAAUCCGCUCGAGAUUACCUAGCGGGGGAGAGUGGAUUGGCUAUACUUAACUCACACGGUCACUAUGAACACUAUGAUAUUGUUCUUAACUGUCUAUCUUACUUAUGUGGACAGCUUAAAGUCAAUCUUAUGGACCUACCGCGACCUGAUUCGACUUCGAAGCUUAUAAAAUCACUCAAAAGUGAGAGAAAAAGCAUUCUACUGUCUUCACUUGACUAUGCGACAACAUUUUGGGUACAACAUCUCCAGAAAGUCCCACUAAAGAUCAUAGCGCAAAGCAGGCUCAUCGAGGAAGGGCUAGUUGGGUUAUUCCUACACACUAAACUUUUAGAAUGGCUGGAAUGCUUCAGCUUAUUAGAUAGGUUACCUAAGGCCCUUGAAUCAAUCAGAGCCCUAAUAGAUAUUACCAAGAGGGAUUCGCCAGUAUUAGCCCUUAUGCAAGACGCUACACGUUUUCUGCUACGACAUUUCUAUAAUAUGGCUCAUUGGCCGUUACAGAUAUAUAGCUCUGCUCUUAUCUUUAGUCCAGAAACAAGUAUUGUGAGGAUAGGAAACCUGGACAAAAUUCCAAAAUAUUUCAAAUGUUUUCCCAGGAUGGAGAGCACUUGGGCUUCUCUUAUACAGACACUCGAAGGCCACUCAAUCUGGGUCACCACUGUGGCGUUUUCUCCAGAUGGCAAGCAGAUCGCAUCAGGCUCUGAUGAUACCACCAUCAAGCUUUGGGAUAGCACAACAGGGGACCUUCAGAAGACACUCGAAGGCCACUCAUACAGGGUCACCACUGUGGCGUUUUCUCCAGAUGGCAAGCAGAUCGCAUCAGGCUCUGUUGAUAGCACCAUCAAGCUUUGGGAUAGCACAACAGGGGACCUUCAGAAGACACUCGAAGGCCACUCACACUGGGUCACCACUGUGGCGUUUUCUCCAGAUGGCAAGCAGAUCGCAUCAGGCUCUGCUGAUACCACCAUCAAGCUUUGGGAUAGCACAACAGGGGACCUUCAGAAGACACUCGAAGGCCACUCACACUGGGUCACCACUGUGGCGUUUUCUCCAGAUGGCAAGCAGAUCGCAUCAGGCUCUUAUGAUACCACCAUCAAGCUUUGGGAUAGCACAAUAGGGGACCUUCAGAAGACACUCGAAGGCCACUCAAACUGCGUCACCACUGUGGCGUUUUCUCCAGAUGGCAAGCAGAUCGCAUCAGGCUCUUAUGAUACCACCAUCAAGCUUUGGGAUAGCACAACAGGGGACCUUCAGAAGACACUCGAAGGCCACUCAUACAGGGUCACCACUGUGGCGUUUUCUCCAGAUGGCAAGCAGAUCGCAUCAGGCUCUGCUGAUAACACCAUCAAGCUUUGGGAUAGCACAACAGGGGACCUUCAGAAGACACUCGAAGGCCACUCACGCGAGGUCACCACUGUGGCGUUUUCUCCAGAUGGCAAGCAGAUCGCAUCAGGCUCUGAUGAUACCACCAUCAAGCUUUGGGAUAGCACAACAGGGGACCUUCAGAAGACACUCGAAGGCCACUCAUACAGCGUCACCACUGUGGCGUUUUCUCCAGAUGGCAAGCAGAUCGCAUCAGGCUCUGAUGAUACCACCAUCAAGCUUUGGGAUAUUGCAAAGUCUCACAAAACCUCAAAGUUUCUUGGCCGUCGCUUAGGUAGUCGUUUCAAACUCCGAUCACGAAAAGAAAUCGAAACAUCUGAACCAGUGCACAACCUCAAAUUCUCUGCAGAUAACCUAUAUCUUAUAACAGGUACUGAGCGAAUCAGACUUGAAGAUACUGCGACAGAAGACCACGAUAAGAGUCCACAUUCUUUACAGGAUCUCAUUGUGAAAGGCCAGUGGAUAUGUUAUGGAGUGAUGCCAUUUCUUCGGCUAUCAUCAGAUAUACAGCUAGCAUGCCAAGAUACGUACGAUGAUAAAGUAGCUAUUGGAUUGGGAACUGGUCAAGUAUUGACGUUUGGAUUCGACAGAAGUAUUCUGCAUUCUAUGCUAGCGCCAGGUGCAGUUUAA